GUCCACCAGUACCAGUACCAGCCCCCAAAAGGUCGAUUGAACGAGUGGCAAGCUUUGCCACAGCCUGGCCUCUAUUUAUUUGUGCGCCGCCAGAAGGUUAGCGGCAAGCGGCAACAUGUGCUAUGGAGGGCCUGGGACUGGGCAGCAGACGCAACAACCACAACAACAGCAGCAGCAGCAGCAGCAACAACAACAAUGGCAACAGCGUCGUCGUUGGUGCCGCAACAUUGAUCAGCAGCAGCAACAACAGCAGCAACAGCAGCAGCAGCGCCGUCAACAGCAGCAGCAACAACAGCGGCAACCAGCACCAACACCAGCAGCAGCACCAGCAGCAGCAGCAGCCGCAUCAGCAGCAGCAGCAGCAG